CAGUUUUCGUCCGACCACAAAGCAAACAACAAGACGAGACGAAACUAAUUAGUAAAAAGACAAUCGUUGUUAAAUAAUUUUUGAAAAAUAAUUGAAAAAAUCUAUGUAAAAAAUUCGUGUAACUUAACCUACAUAAUCUAAUAAAUUCAGAUUUAUUUUUAAAAAAUAUUUUAAAUUACGUAAUAAAUCAAAAUUUAUUUAUUUAGCAAUUUAAAAAAAAUAUUUAAAAAAUAAAACUUUAAAAUGGCACCUUCCUUCGUUUCCAUAAGUCGUCGUUAUGCAAAUGCGAGUCCUAGUCAAUUAAGACAGAAACAGGAAAUUGACACUUUGCUGAAGAAAUAUAGCAAAAUUAGAAUACCCAAAGAAUCCCAGGAAAAUCAGGUUAAAAAUCAUAACAGACGUAAACAAGAAGAGAAGGAUUUGUUCCUAAUUGCAAAUUCAAAUCAACUUCAGGAGCAACAACAAUUGCUAAAUUAUCAGAGAGAACAGAAUCAGCAAAGCGUCACAACUCGUACUAAAGGGUCAAAGCGAACAAAGGAAAUCGCCACAACCUCAAAUGCUUCUCUAAACAAUGCAAAUUCUAAUGAAUUGGACUACGGCUUGGCAAAAGCUGCGUCGGAGUAUGUCGCCAAAAUCUUGGCACAAGAGGAACCCGAAUGUCAACAAGAAAGGGAACAAAUCAUAAGACAAAAUUUCCUACAAAAUUUCGCCAAUGAUUUCAAACUCAAACAAAACGAUGGAAACAAUCCCGAUAAUAUUUGCACUGGAAAGAUUCGCGUCAUAAUUCGUCACAGGAGACCAUCCAGAGAGAAAAAACCUGCCGAAAAGAGGCCAGUAAAAGUCCAACAACAACAACAACAACAAGUAAAUAAAUCUUCAACCGUUGCCAUGGUUACAAAGUCACGAGUAAAUACAACCCAAAAUGUCGUCGUGAAGAGAGAAAUUAUUAAAAUGCCAACCAUUAAAACUACAACGGUUGUAAGAGUCAAGAAAAUUAAAGUUUAGAAAUGUCCAAUAGUAUAAAUCGCAUGUACUAAAUCAAAACAAUAAUGUAUUCUAAAUUUGAAACUAAAUAAACUCUUGCGUCCACGAAGUUAACUAAA